CGUUGCCUGACGUGCGAGGCCCAGCUCCACUUUUCGUCCCGCGUCUCCUCCUCCUGCUGCCACCGCGCUCCUCCUCCCGCUCCAACUCCUUCUCCAACUCCCUCGCUUUCCCGCUCCACCCGCGAACCCCGACUCAGCGCCCGCCCCUUGCAGUCCUGUCUCGGAGCUGGGAGCGCGUCCGCCCCGGCCCGCACCAUGGCACGGUUCGCCUUGCCCGCGCUUCUCUGCACCCUGGCGGUGCUCAGCGCCGCGCAGCUGGCGGCCGAGCUUAAGUCGAAAAGUUGUUCGGAAGUGAGACAUCUCUACAUGUCCAAAGGCUUCGACAAGGACGAUGCCCCCACGCACGAGAUCAACGGUGAUCACUUGAAGGUCUGUCCCCAGGGUUAUACCUGCUGCUCUCAAGAGAUGGAGGAGAAGUAUAGCCUACAAAGUAAAGAUGAUUUCAAAAGUGUGGUCACCGAGCAGUGCAAUCAUUUGCAAGCAGUCUUCGCCUCUCGUUACAAGAAGUUCGAUGAAUUCUUCAAAGAACUACUUGAAAAUGCAGAGAAAUCCCUGAAUGACAUGUUUGUGAAGACAUAUGGCCGCUUGUACAUGCAAAAUUCUGAGCUAUUUAAAGAUCUCUUCGAAGAGCUGAAGCGCUACUAUGUGGUGGGAAACGUGAACCUGGAAGAAAUGCUGAAUGACUUCUGGGCCCGCCUUCUGGAGCGGAUGUUCCGCCUGGUGAACUCUCAGUACCACUUCACAGACGAGUAUCUAGAAUGUGUGAGCAAGUACACAGAGCAGCUGAAGCCCUUUGGCGAUGUCCCCCGGAAACUGAAGCUACAGGUCACUCGUGCAUUUGUAGCAGCCCGUACCUUUGCUCAAGGCUUGGCAGUUGCCAGAGAUGUAGUGAGCAAAGUCUCUGUGGUGAAUCCCACAGCCGAGUGUACCCAUGCCCUGUUGAAGAUGAUCUACUGCUCUCACUGCCAGGGCCUUGUGACUGUGAAGCCUUGUUACAACUACUGCUCAAACAUCAUGAGAGGCUGUUUGGCCAACCAAGGGGAUCUGGAUAUUGAGUGGAACAACUUUAUAGAUGCUAUGCUCAUGGUGGCCGAGAGGCUAGAGGGUCCUUUCAACAUCGAGUCAGUCAUGGACCCCAUUGAUGUGAAGAUUUCUGAUGCUAUCAUGAACAUGCAGGAGAACAGCGUGCAAGUGUCUCAGAAGGUUUUCCAGGGCUGCGGACCCCCCAAACCCGUCCCAGCUGGACGGAUUUCCCGCUCUGUCCCUGAAAGUGCAGCCUUCAGUACCUUCAGUGCCUUCAGUGCGCGCUUCAGGCCGUACCACCCCGAGGAACGCCCCACCACAGCGGCUGGCACUAGUUUGGACCGACUGGUUACUGAUGUCAAAGAGAAACUGAAACAGGCCAAAAAGUUCUGGUCCUCUCUUCCUAGCAAUGUGUGCAACGACGAGAGGAUGGCUGCAGGAAAUGGCAACGAGGAUGACUGCUGGAACGGGAAGGGCAAGAGCAGGUACCUGUUUGCAGUGACUGGAAAUGGUUUAGCGAACCAGGGCAAUAAUCCGGAGGUCCAGGUGGACACCAGCAAACCGGACGUAGUAAUCCUUCGCCAGAUUAUGGCACUUCGGGUGAUGACCAGUAAAAUGAAGAACGCGUACAACGGCAAUGACGUGGACUUCUUUGAUAUCAGUGAUGAAAGCAGCGGAGAAGGCAGUGGGAGUGGAUGUGAGGACCAGCGGUGCCCUUUGGAGCUCGAGUACAACGCGACCGUGCACUCGGGGAAGAAUGCCAACGAGAAAGCCAGUCGCGCUGCUGCCCUUGCGGGGACACAGCCCUACCUCCUCACUGGCUUCUGCAUCUUGUUCCUGGUUAUGCAGAGAGAGUGGAGAUAAUUCUCCACCUUGGAGGGGAAGCGUGUUCAUCAUCAAAAAGUUAAAGAGGCGCCGGCUAUCACUUUUAUACCAUUCUAGUGACUUUGCUUUUUAAACAAAUGGACAACGAUGUACAGUUUUUACUAUGUGGCCACCGGUUUUAAAAAGUGCUGACUUUUUUCAUUCAGUUUUGCAGUGGGGGGAAAGGGGACUACCCGUAAAGUCAGUUCCUGCUCCCUCAGAAUCCUGUUAAAUGUGGCUGACAGUGUAGGAACAGAACUGUAGCUAGCUGUGCAUUUGUGAUUUUUAUCACGAUUUUUUUUUCCUUUUUGUUUGUGGGUUUUUUUUCUUCAGUUAUGAUCUCACCUUGUUUCUUAAAAGAAAACCAGGGUCCUUUCUUGGCAUGUAACAUGUACGUAUUUCUGAAAUAUUAAAUAGCUGUACAGAAGCAGGUUUUAUUUAUCAUGUUAUCUUAUUAAAAGAAAAAGCCCAGCAAGCAGUAAAAUUUCCAUUUAUCCCUGUUUUAGUUGCCUUAUCUGGAGAGAAGCAGAGGUGACUUUUUCACCAUUAUUGUUAAGUUAGGGCAGAAUGCAAAGGCAAGAGGGGCUGGUCAGGUUGCAUUCAAGCACCAAUACAAGAAGGUUACACUUUAUUCACAGCUGGUGACUGGGAGAGACUGCAGACUACCCAUUUGGCUGAUUUGGGUUGCAUAGACUAAGAGCACAAGAGGUCCAUUUCUUGAACCCGCUUAUAUUUGAAGUGUAACCCACUUAGAAGAUUCAGGAUACCUAUUCCCUAGAAGAGAUCAGGUAUUCCAGUUGUCCCAGUUGUCGUAUAUUCACACUUAGUUUGGGGAGGGUGGGUUUUGGUUGUUUUUUUUUUUUUUUUCCCCGUAAUCCAGGCACGUCAGCCAGCUGCUGUCCGCUGGUCUUCUCGUCCAUGCUGACACUCUCUGGAUUGAUACCCCAAUGGUGAUAUUAAAUGGUCAACAAUCUCAUCUGGUUCCUUUUGUUACAAUGUUCUGGACCUCAAAUUCAACUAUAUAAAUGGGAGCGCUGUUGGGGUGGGUAGCCAGAAUUAGGGUGCAGCCUGGGCUCAGGGAAUAACUGGCAACACUCGACGAAAGUUUUUGUCAGUGCAUGUGCUUCACACUUGUCUUUGAAUCCCAGUUUUUGCAGAGCUUCUGGUCUUAUAUGAGUUUUUCUGGCCCAAACCCCUCUGACCAGUAAGAUGAAGGACUUGUAGUAGCUUGUAUCAAUCAAUCCACUUGGGGAGAAUUCAGUGUCCAGAUUUGUUCAACUGGUUUUGGGGAUUUGGGGGGGCAGGGAGUUGGGCAUAAUAGGUAGAAAUGAGACUGCUUCGUGGGGUGACUUUUUAGCUCCUGACGGAACCGGCCCCAGCCAAAGAUGGACAACUGCCUUGGCUCCUUACAAACUGGUCCCUGAAUCCUUACCAAUGACAGCUCAUAAAACCAUGCAAAUGUACCAGAUCACUGCAAAAGGAGUCCCCGGCACAGUUUUCAGAAAGAGUCAGAUUCUGUGAGUCUCUUCCUGCUUUAGACAGCCAGUAAAAUCACAACCAAUUUUACAGAAGUGAAACCCACAGAGGUUGUUUGUGUUCUUGUUCAAUCUUCAGUUAUAAGAGUAAUUCUCUAUUUUUAUAUUGAAACAUAAUUACUUGAUAGCUCAGGGUCUACAUUUCAUUCAACUUUUUACACCAAAUUCUACAGAAUGGUCAAAACGGAAUAUCGGGGGCUGUUGUAAACAGAGGCUUAAUUUUAUUAGAAGUAGCCAGUUAUUUAUUAAAGCAUGAUGUUAAUAAAAUAGGCAUAUUCUG